CUGUCACUUGGUGUCAGUGUCUACCUGUCACUCGGUGUCAGUGUCUUCCCCUGUACUUGCUGUAGUACUAGUCCUGCUGGGUUUGACAUGUUCAUGAUGUUUGAACUUCAAAGUUGCUGAAGUUUAACGUAGUCAGUAGUCUGGCAGGAAGGUCAGUAAGUUACACUAACUCCAAAGCAGACCCAUGCCAACAUGGCAGAGCGGAAAGUACGUUUUGCGGAGAAAGACACAGCAGACAAGGAUGCUGAGCCAGCCAGCGACAAGGGUUGGAAUCGAACUUUCAGCAAGAAACACACACUGGACAGUGAUGAGGAAGACGACGAGAAAGAAGAAUCCAAAUACGAACUUCAUCAAGACGACGUUGAGGGAGCUGAAGAUGCUACUCUGGCUUCCGAGGGGGGUGUCCGAAUCACCCCUUUCAACCUGAGAGAGGAAAUGGAAGAGGGCAGAUUUGACGCCCACGGUAACUACUUUGAAAAGAAGGAAAAGCAAAUUCAAGACAACUGGCUGGACAAUAUUGACUGGAUGAGGGUCUCGGGGAAAGGCGGAGAAGAGAAAGUAGGGGAGGACGAUUACCUCCCUGACAGCCCCGAGCCAGAGCCCGGCAGACCCGAAAUCAAGAUCCUGGCGGACAUUGUCAGCUUCCUGAAACCAAGGGAGACCAUCGCCACGGCAGUGAGGAGGCUGGGUGGGGGCAAGAAAGCCAAGGGGGUUGCGGCGACCAGGAAGUGGGGCCCCAAGAAGGCCAGGAUGGAGGAGGCAGAAGAUGGGGAUAAGGCGCAAGGUGUGGACAAAGAGAGCAUGCUCAAGCUGACUGAAUUUGUGGACGAGCUGGUGGCGAGUGGCAAUUACGAGGCGUACCAGUACACGUACGAGAAAAUAACCCACCUGCUGAAAGAGGAGGAGGGGCGGAGCAAAAAGGAGGAAGAUAUCUUCGACAUGUUUGGAGAUGAACCGGUGAAGGAGAAAAUAACCACAGGAGGUCCGAAAGCCAGCAAGGAUGCCAACGGUUCAGGAAGCAAGGAAGCCAGUGGUUCCAAUCCUGCCAGCGAUUUGGACCCAGACAAGACAUACUGGGAGUACAAAUGGGAGAACAAAGAAGAUGCCGACAAGUACGGACCAUUUGAAAGUGAACAGAUGCAAGACUGGGUGGACCAGAAUUACUUCUCCGAUGGCGUGUGGGUCCGGAAGGUUGGAUCUGGUGGACAGUUCUACGACUCCAAGAGGAUUGACUUUGACUUGUACACGUGAAGUUCUUGCUCGACACAUUAUUUUUUUUUUCCGUGCUUGUAAAUAUAGGCCAGGAUUGCAUACCCACUGCUAAGACGACGCAAGAUCUUCUUAAUGAUAAAUCCAGUCCAUCACGUCUUUUCACAAGUCUUUCACAAGACCAGUUACAUGUACAAGUAUCAGGGGGAAGGACAAUAGGAAGCCUUUGUAACAGUCUUGAAAUAACUUGUGAUUUGACUCGUGGCUAGAUGGCUUGUGACGGACUUGCAGAGAUUUGUGAUGUUCUCCACUACAACGCUGCAUCCUACUGAGGGGCCAAGUGCCAUGCUCCCCCCCCGCCCCAAAGUUGCUUUGUUUGAACAUUUGGAAAAGCAGGUUUUUCGUCCAUUUCAUUUCCCUUAAAAAGCGUGUAAAAAGCAAGUCAAUGCAACCUCACCCCUCAGAAAGGUCAUGAAAGGUCGCACAAACGUUACAGAUUGUUUUCCCUUUCCCCAAAUUUCGAGCCCCCCCAAAAUUUGGUUCUGAAUCUGUCCUUGCAUCUUCCACCCGUGUCUUACUUUCCAAUUAAUUUACCCCCCUUUACAACGCGGAGGGCUAACAGGCUUAUUUCCACAACAAACACCAAUGCAAAGUUAAGUUUAUUCCUUUGGAGGCUUUUGGAAGUAAAAAAAAGUUCUAGAAGUCCUAAUUCGCCAAAACGAAGGCAUUUAAUGUUGCAUUAAAUAACUUGUACACUUGUGAGUUUGGAGAUUUUAAUUUUACCUUGGUUCUCAAUGCGAAGCCAGAAUCAUAUCCAAAGUCAUGCUCAUUUCAAUUUUUAAACAUGUACUUGUAUUCUUUUUAGUAUAACUGAAUGUAAGCAGUUUCAACAUUUGUAAUGAAAUUGUUACAAUAUUGCUUGCUUAUCAAUCAAGAAUUUUGGUUAUGUUUUCAGAAUGCAUAUUUAGACUUAUUAUCUUCAAGCAUCUAUAGGGAAACCACCACA